GAGUUCUCGCGCAGCGUUUCCGCUUACCUAAAUAAAGACCUGGCGAGCGGAGGACGGGAGCCCAACCGCUCUAAAGGACAGAAAUCCCCGACAAAGAGCCCGGGAAGUGCCGUCUUAGUGAAACUAAUGUCUCGAAUCUGAAAAAAAGGAGGGCUUGCUGGUAACCUUGACAUCGAGGAUUCUCUGGCUGGUCGCGCGGAAGGGGAAAGAUGUGCGAUGGAAUGGUAGCGUUUCUGACGAGAGUCCCGUCCUCCUCCUCCUCCUCCUCCUCCUCCUCCUCCUCCUCGCUAGACCACAGGCUGGCUGCCUCCGCGUUGCUCCUCCUCCUCCUCACACUGCUGCCGUCCAGUCACGCAUCAGGAUGUCCCCGUCCGGACGGCAUGGCCCACGGGGACCUGGUGAACCAGACGGAGGCCAACCGGGGCUCCUUCCCGCCCGGCACCCUACUGACCUACGGCUGCGAGGUGGGCUACGCCCCGGACGGCCCCCCCACCAUCGCCUGCACCGGCACCGGGGCCUGGUCCCACCCGCCCCCCCGCUGCCUCCGCAGUAACGUGUGUUCGCCCCCCACGGAGCCGGAGAACGGGGGCUACCGGUGUCACCCCACACCCUGCCAUCGCCUGGCCCAGAAGACCGUCAUCGAGUACUUCUGUGACGAGGGGUACGCCCUCAAGGGGGACUACAAGUUCCUCACCUGCCAGAACGGGGAGUGGGACGCGCCCAUGCAGAUCAGCUGCCGCCUCAGCCAAGACAGGGAGCCCACCUCUCCGCUGGGCAUGCCCGCCCUCUCCAUCGUGGCCUCCACCGCCAGCUCUGUGAUCCUCAUCCUGCUGCUGGUGGUGCUGUUUGUCCUGCUGCAGCCCAAACUCAAGUCCUUCCACCACAGCAGGAGGGAGCAGGGCGUGUCUGGCCAGUCGUGCUCCAUCAUGGUGGAGGGCGUGCAGGUGGCGUUGCCCUCCUACGAAGAGGCGGUGUACGGCAGCGACGGCGCUCGCAGCAGCCCUCCGCCCUCUCCUCCUCCUCCUCCUAAUCCCCCAGCCCAGCUUCCGUCCGAGUCCCGGGUCCCCAUCGUGUUCUCCGAGGGCCCGUUGCCACAGCAACACCAGGGGCCUUCGGAGGCGGGACCCUCUAGAACCCGCCACCAACACCACCAGAACCAUCACCACCAACACCAGCUCCACCACAGAGACUUGGACCUCUGCCUUCCCUCCACCUCCUCCUCCUCCUCCUCCUCCGCCUCCUCCUCGUCACGCCGCCACGCGGAGACGGUGCUGGUUCACCAGGCGCCCCACCCCUCCUGCUCCUCCUCCUCUGCCUCGUCCUCCUGGGCUAGAGGGCCCUUGAGGGGGGCGUGCGCGGCGCCACUGCCCCUCCGCAGAGACUCCGACAGCAGCGACCAGCACAGCCUGCUGUCCAUGGCCUCGGGUGACGACUACUCUGAUGAUAUUCCUCUGCUGAAGGAAGCAUGACGCUUGGAACCCAGAGACCCCCUCUUAUCUGUCACCCCGAGCUCUCUUACUGCUGAUAAGGCCUGACUGUGGAUCUCCACCAGUCCCCACCAACACACACACACACACACACACACACACACACACACACACACACACACACACACACACACACACACACACACACACACACACACACACACACACACACACACACACACACACAGACCGCAACCAAAAAGAAGAAGAAGCAAACCGCCCGCAAACGUCCUCCUUCUCUCCACCCCGUUAAUAGACUCUUGCCUGCUGCCACACAGACAUGCAUAUCGAGUGUGUCCGCCCCAGUAUAAACCAAACUCUCCGUCUCUCUCAA